CCCAAUUCACAACAAGCUCUCUUCCGUUUUUCUUUUUCUUUUGCAGAACGGAAUCCAACCCAUUAGUCCCAAAAGGCCCGAUUCUAAGCGCCAUGGAUGUUCUGUUUGACACAGAGGGCCGGAGGGUUAAUGUUGGUGGUGGGAUUUAUGGCGAUGGUGAUCAUCAGCUUGAAGAUGAUGUCUUCUAUGCUGAGCUUGUGAGGCAGGUCCUGAUCUUAACGGCGGAUGACGACGACUCCUCCACCGCGAUUCCCCGCCGGAACAAUUUUGGUUAUUUCGAUUCGAUGUCACGGACUGCUGCUGGAACUCGAAGCUUGUUGUGUGGUCGUACCGAUUCUGCACAAACUUGGCCGGCGGUGAACAACAUGUCGAGGAACGGUGGCGGCUUUGGUGGUACUGGCGUUUUCAUUCCUCUAACCGCCGCCACAUCCAGGAGAAGGAACGGGAAUAGUAAUGGCAGACGAGGCAGCAGUAGUCACAAGCAGCAACAAGGACAGAAGAUGAUGGUGCAGAGCAAGCACUGACUGUUCAUCCAACUUCUCGCAUUUCUGAUUGUAGAUCUUAGGACCUAGUAGUUGAACACAUUAGCGCAAACCCCUGAAUUCCUAGAAAGUGCAACGCAACUAUGAACAUUGAUUGAUUUCUUGUAAAACCAGUUCGUCGCAAUAACAAGAGUUGUCACUCCAU